GGAGGUUUAAUUUCUUGUGCAGUCACCAUUUAGACAUUACCCGCGCGUGUACACUCGCCACACACAGUCACACAAGUCCGACGCCCGUCCGUCCGAACGGAAUCAAUUUUUUUGCACACACUAAAUCGCAUCGAUAAUAUUAUUGGUAUUAAUAAUAUUAUCAUCUCGCUUCACUCACUGCGCACGCCCGCACAUCGGGACCACCGGGACCGAACCGAUUUUUCCCCCCGAAGAGAAGAAGGACGACGACCAGGGCCCAAGUGAUCCCCCACGACCAACCAUCGAAUAAAUAUCAGAUUUUUUAUCCGCCGCCAGUUGGCUUGUUGAGAUGACUUCUUGCAGGGGAAGACUGCAACACUGAACGCCAUCCGAGACACACUCACGCAGACGCGAUCGCCGCCUAAGGGUACAUAAUAUUGUCCUUCACCCCCUUUCACCUUUCCGAUAAGGGUUGAUAAACACUCAGAGAUAAGCACAUAGACACACGGAAUUCGGUCGUCUACACUCGUCGAAAUGAUAUCCGCCGAGAUGAAAACGUUUACGCUGUGCUUCGUCUUACUGCUGGCGAAAGUUUCAGUUUUUGGAUUAGUCAAUGGCGAUUCAUCACCAGGGCCCGUAUAUGUCAAUCCAGAUUUGGUUUACGAAAAACCAGAACUUGUCGCUUCCCAGGUAGUUUCGCCAGAUUCUCAAAUCACGCAAACAGUAUAUGGAUUUUUGGACUUUACUACAACGAUUGGUAACACUGUUAUGGUUUUCAUGCCACAAAGUGCAUCCACUUCACCAGGUACUACUACUGCUGAAGAACCAACGACCACAGAAGGUAAAACUACCACUAUUGAGGAAAAACCUAUUACAAAAGAACAGCGGGAAACAGAGUCCAUUGGAAUCACUCCCAGUAAACCAGUUAACUUACCAAUCGAUUCACAAAAUGAAGAAAUAGUUAUGAUUUCAAGUGAGCCUAUAAUCACCACAAAAGAAACCACUAUUACCGAACCGACGACCACUACUACGAAAGAACCACCAACUACGAAAAACGUAGCGAAAAAAUCUGAACAAGAAAAAAAAUCAACAGGUGCACCAGUGACAACAAAAAAAACUAUUGCUAAAUCUACUACACCAUCACCUCAAAAACCAAAACCAGUUGGAAACGCAAAUAAAGAACCAGUGGUAAGCUCAAAGGUUGUAGUUAUGGCGGGUUCUAAAGUCGUGGAUAAUAUUGUAACCAAAGUAGAAGUUAUUGAGGGAAGUGCACCGGAGCCAUCGAAAGUGGUGGAAAAAGUGAUUUACAGUAAAGUAGAAGUUAUUUCUGGUGAACCAGUCGAAGAGGUGGCAGUAAAUCAUUUACAACCAACACCAGAAUAUGAUUUCCUUUCACGACAACCUUCAGAAGUUGUGGAUGAGACAUUCAAAGUAAUUGAUUUGAAACCUAGUGCAUCAAGACACGUUCUAGUUCAGAAAAGUCGUGGCCCUGAUGGAAAACUCCGAGCCUUCAACUCAGUUGCAAACUUUAACGGAGAAGAAGAGCCCACGACAAAUAAAGCACCGAAAAAAGUAGCCGUAAAAGUAUCACCAUCUGCAUCUGGUGUCCGAAUCCUAAAAACAGCUGCACCAAAGGCCUCAACCAGAUCACCAAAUGUUGAACCUACACCAGCCACAUCUGGAUUGGACGAUGAAUCACUAGAGUCGUUAGUGGGCUCACAGCCAGGUUCGGUCUUGGUUCGACAAUCCAGGAGGCCGGCUAUUGGUGGAGGUUUCAAUAAAAACAAGUACACGCCCACACCGAAAAGUAAAUCAAAAGAAUUUGAAGAUUAUUCGACUACCGACGAAGAACAAAACGAAUUCACCUCUGCUCAAAAUGAACCUACUACUCCAAGUUACAGGAAAGGAUCUAAAUUCACAUCAAAAAUUACUACUACAACACAGAGAGUUCCGAGUUUUAAACAAAACCGAUUUAAUAGACCGACCACCGCUGAGCCAGAAGUGGAGUCGACUGAAGGAUCCGCUACUCAAAGAAGGUUCCAGCCUAGUGCCAAGCGUUACGACAGUAACACCAGUGCAGCUGUAGUGACUCCAGCUAACCGUCGGGCUUUCAAAAAACACUUUCAGCAACAAGAACAACAACAAUCUCCCCAGUCCAGCCCACAACCCAUUCCGACAGCUCCAUUAACAUUCAAAUCCAAACUCAUCCGACCAACUGGACGUUGGGAGUACAAGACAUCUCCCAAACCUCGUGUAACCAUUCGCCGUAUCGAUGAAAACCGACAUGGACAGGAAAAUGCUACCACGCCAUUGACACCACAUUUCCCCGAUGUACAAGUUGACAACGGAGACCAAGCAUUGGCUGGUUCAGGUUUAUUACCAGCCUUACAACACGACGAUGACAACGAUGUUCUUGUUCAGGACGUGAGCCCGACUGCAAAUGCUGAAACUAUCCGAGUGGAAAUCUCUACUCCAGCUGAAUUCAAGGACAUUUACUACGAAAUUGCCACAAUCAAAUCACCGUACUCAUUCCAAGUUGGUUCAGUGAAAAAUACCAGGUUCAUAACGGUUACGUCGACGAUCCAGAAGAGCCUGGUGGAGCAGACCGACAGCCCGUCACCGACCAGAGUAGAACCACUGUCCGAGAACAUACUGGCCAGCCAGGCGCCCAACCUGUACGGCCGUGAGCAGCCACUAGACUCCAGCCUGGCCACUCUACCUCCAAUCUCCCUGUCACCAGAUCAAGCCACACCACCGCUGGAGACGAUGACCGAGAGCUUCAGCACCACUGAGCUGAUGCUCAAGACUCACAUCCUGCCGGUGGUCAGGGGAACGGACACUAGCAGCGUGACACUGGUACAGUCGUACAAGGUGACCAGACUGGUUACCGCGGUCAAGACGCUGCCACCGAUGGAGGUGUACCAGUUCGUGCCCAGCAAGACGCUCAACGAGUUCAAUACCAGACUGGACGAGGCCGGGUCAGAGCUGCACCUGGAACUUGAGUACGGUGACAACGGAAACCACGACGACGAAUCCUCGCACCCGAGUGCGGCUAAGGCGUUCCUGGACAGCCUGGACCUGUCCAACGUGGGAUCGUCGUUUGACCUAUCACAGAUGGACAAGGUCAACGGUCCGCGGUCGAAGAAAGCUCACCGGAUGGCGUCGGCGUCAGGCAAUUCGACGUCCGCCGAACACCCGUCGCAUCAAUACCAACAGCAGCCACAAGCACCCACCAUGAGCCCUGAACAACUCCAGCAGUUGGCCCUGUACCGGUUACUGAACCCGAACGCCCCGAUACCAGCACCGGUCAUCACCACCUCUCGACCAGUAUUGCGGUACGAGACUGUGUUCGAGACGCACGCCCUGCCCGUGGUCAACGGCGGCGCCACUUACUACACCACCCUUUCCCGACCCGUGGGCACGGUAACCAGAACCGAUUACGAGCUGGUCACCACCACGCUGGCCAUACCGCAACCACAGUCCAUGCCGUUCCAGCCACCUCAGCUCCAGCCCACACCACUGUUCCAAUUCCAGCAAACUCCCUUGUUCCCGCAGCAGCUCCAGCAACAGCAGCAACAGCAACAGCAGCAACAGUUCCCGGUACAGCCAACGCUGUUCCCGGCCCAGCCGUCGUUCGCCAUCACGUCCACACCCGUCAUAACCCAGUCGAUGGUCACGCAGACCGACAGCAAGGUGCUGAAGCUCACUUUCGGCGCCAAGACCGCGUACACCACCAUCUACUCCAGCUCAGUGGUGCCCACCCAGGUCACGUCGUACGUGACCCAGUCCGUGGCCGUCCAGCCAACCGUCGCCCAGUUCCCCAACUUUAUACCGUACGGCGGUUACCCGUUCCUGGGUUAGAUCGCACCCAGCCGUCGCCCGCGUGCCAUUGUAUAUUAUUACCCGGAGAACAGCGACCGGACAUCCGGACUAUGACCGAUCGUCGUGACUUGUACAUAACUACAUUAUUAUUAUUAUUUUUUUUUCGUUUCCAACAAUCGCUCAAAUGUCGUGAAAUCGUCCGGUGGGAGCAUUAAUAAUUAUUAUUAUUAUUUUUAUUAUUAUUAUUAUUAUUAUUAUUAUUAUCAUCAUGCGUAUCGCGUUGUACAUAAUAUUAUUAUACUUUUUUUCACUCUUAUAGUCUAUUGUUACUGUAACGGUAAGGAGACGCUACCGAAUCUCGAUACACGCCAUGAAAAUAUUUCGAGUGUGAAUUGUUUGGUUUUGUCUUCCGUCUCGUUACGAUUGUUUUUAUUUCUUCUAUCUUUCGCCUCUUUUACGUACAGUCGGGACGUUCGUUGCGAUACCAUUUGCGCGACAGAAACUGUAGUGAUGGAAAAAGACAAAAAUAAUAUAAAUCUCGAGGAAGGAACAUCACUACUUGCAGUCAUUCGACAACCACUUACCGUGGAUUUCAGAAUUCCCUCGUUGAAUUAAAGGGGUCCGCGAACAAAAAGAGGCAAACCAAUUUUCAUCGAAUAUCCGUUUAGAUAAUAUUUGAUAAAAAUAUGACCAUUGUGUUUUCACGAGAACCAGACAAACCCUUAUUGGAAAUAUAACAUGCUUGUAACUGUCUUGUUUUGUUUAAUUUUCUCUAAAAAAACCUGAUAACUCCUAGAGAAUAUUAUAAUCAAUAAAUAAUAUAUUUAAUCAACUCCGAGUUCUGGUCGAAAUACAGGAUAGAUCCGAAAAUAAAAAUUGGUCCCUUCGAGUAUUAAUUUACCAGCGCUCCUGCUCGUUUGUCCUCGACGAUUAUCUCCAGUGAUAUUUUGCGCAUUUGGUAUAGGUUAAGCUAACCUAAUAAUAUGGCUCAUUGUAAUAUUAUAAUAAAAAAUAUUGCUACUUUUGUAUUACAUAAACAGAGGAAAACCAUUCACAAUUAUUACCAUUAUUAUUAAAGGCACGUCAUAAACGAUUUUCCACCGUAGUAACAACCGUAGUCUUACGCGCAUGAUUGUGUCUAUACGCUCGCCCGUUCAUUUAUCACCCGACCGGAAUCAAACUUUGAAAGUCAGCCAAAAGUUUGCGGUG